AAUGAAGACAAAUCAACCUAAAAAUCCAGCAUAUCCCACGCCAUACUAUUUCCAGCAUUAAACCGAAAAGCUCCGCAAAGCCACCUCACCCCCCACCACCACAGCUUCAUCGAAUGCGUUCCCCACAAGACCAUAUCACAACACCUCCACUUCUGUUCCCUAUCCAGAGGGUGGCAUAACAACAGCAUUCCAGCCAGUCUAGACAAAAACACAGAGAGAGAGAGAGACAGAUAGAGGAAGGCGUAGAUUUAGCUCUAUACACCAUUGUCUCUUCUGUCCCUUUCCCCUCCCUCCCACCCUCUUUCUCUCCCUCUCUUGCUCUUCUUCUGAGGAAGCUCUCUCUUCCCCCUCUUCUGUUCUAGAGCUGGGCGCCAUUGCAACAGAAAGGAGGAGAAGAGAAGGAGAAAAAGAGAAAUCCAGUCCCAAGGCAGCCAGGUCGGUAAAGGUUGGAUCUUUUUGGGUUUUUUGUCGAAUUUUCUCUUGUCUCUUUGCGAAAAAUUUCAUCUUUUUGAUAGAUAAAGAAGAAGUCCCUUUUGUUCCAUCUCCAUUGUGUGCAUAAGACGACAUUCGUCUCACGUUCUCUCCUGAAGCCUGCCAUCGUCUUUUGUUCUUCCUUUAUAGACCCAGCUCCUUGAUGGUGAGAUGCCCGUAGCCGAAUUCUCUAGCACCAUUCCAUCGAAAUCCACUCCCAAAAUCCAAUCUUUCCGAUCCCUUCUUCUCGCCGGAGAAUGGGUUCCUUCUCCUUCCCCAGCUCUUUCCGGGACCUCCCAUUGCCGGAGCAGGUGGCGACCGCCACCCAGGCGGCACUGGUCGUCUUCUUCCUGUUCUAUGCCUCCGCUCGCCCGGUUUUCACCUGUGCCCUCCGGCGUUUCCCGGCGUUCAAGGAUGAGAACGGGAACCCAGUCCCUGUGCCAGAUUCCGAUGGUGAUCGGUCGGUGGUGAUCGGGUAUUGGUUCAAGAUCUCAGUUUCCUGCUGCUUCUAUGUUCUCUUCCUUCAAGCUGUAGUCUUGGUGUAUGAAACAGUACGCUUUGUUAGGACAGAGACGGACUCAGCUGAUUAUUCUGUGUUUUACCUGCCUUCUGUUCAAGUAUUGUCUUGGCUUAUCUUAGGCUUAUCGGCGUUUCAUUGCAAAUUUAAGGCAUUGGUGAAAUUCCCGUUCUUGCUUAGGCUGUGGUGGUUCCUAUCAUUCAUCCUCUGUCUUUACAUUGCUUAUGUCGAUACAAAAGGGUUGGUAGGCGAAUUCUUUAGCUUCAAUUCACACAUGAUUGCAAAUUAUGCCGCUUUUCCUGCUCUUGCAUUCCUUUGCCUUGUCUCGAUUCGUGGUGUUACGGGUGUAGAGUUGCAUAGAGACCAUCGGGACUUUGGUGAGCCAUUGCUUGCAGAGGAAGAGGAAGCAGGCUGCCUUAAGGUCACUCCUUACUGUGAGGCAGGGAUUUUUAGCCUAGCAACCAUAUCCUGGCUCAAUCCUCUCUUGUCAAUUGGUGUGAAAAGGCCCCUUGAGCUAAGGGACAUACCUCUAUUGGCCCCGAAAGAUCGUGCAAAGACUUGUUAUAAGAUCUUGAAUUCAAAUUGGGAGAGGUUGAAAGCUGAAAACCCCAUGAAGCAUCCCUCCUUGGCAUUGGCAAUUUUCCACUCAUUCUGGAAAGAAGCUGCUUUCAAUGCUAUUUUUGCUGGUUUGAACACUCUGGUUUCUUAUGUGGGUCCCUAUUUGAUCAGUUAUUUCGUUGAUUACUUGAGUGGCAAUGUGGCUUUUCCUCAUGAGGGUUACAUUCUGGCAUCCAUUUUUUUUGCUUCUAAGUUGAUAGAGACUCUUACUACUCGGCAGUGGUAUUUAGGAGUAGAUAUAUUGGGCAUGCAUGUUAGAUCAGCCUUAACAGCAAUGGUGUACAGGAAAGGGCUUACGCUAUCAAGCAUAGCCCGACAGAAUCAUACAAGUGGUGAGAUAGUAAAUUACAUGGCAGUUGAUGUGCAGAGGGUGGGUGAUUUUUCAUGGUACCUCCAUGAUAUUUGGAUGCUUCCUUUACAAAUCAUUCUUGCUUUGGCUAUCCUGUAUAAGAAUGUGGGUAUUGCAACUAUUGCAACAUUAAUUGCUACCAUUGUCUCCAUUGUUGUUACCAUUCCUCUGGCAAAGGUGCAAGAGGGCUACCAGGAUAACCUAAUGGCUGCCAAGGAUGAACGAAUGAGGAAAACCUCUGAAUGUUUGAAAAACAUGAGAAUCCUGAAAUUGCAGGCUUGGGAGGAUCGGUACCGAUUAAUGUUGGAGGAAAUGAGGAGUGUGGAAAUGAAGUGGCUUCGGAAAGCCCUCUAUUCUCAGGCUGUGAUAACAUUUAUCUUUUGGGGCUCCCCUAUCUUCGUGGCAGUCAUAACUUUUGCUACUUCUAUAUUGUUGGGAAAUCAGCUUACGGCUGGCAGCGUCCUUUCAGCUUUAGCCACUUUCAGAAUUCUUCAAGAGCCUCUCAGAAAUUUUCCAGAUUUAGUAUCUAUGAUCGCGCAGACAAAAGUUUCUCUCGACCGGAUAUCCGGGUUCUUGCAACAGGAAGAGUUGCAAGAAGAUGCCACCACAGUUGUUCCCCAAGGCCUUACAAACAAUGCUAUUGAAAUUAAAGAUGGAGAGUUUUGUUGGGACCCCCCUUCUUCAAGACCUACACUCUCAGAUAUGCAGCUAAAAGUGGAAAGGGGCAUGCGUGUAGCAGUCUGUGGUGUGGUUGGAUCUGGCAAGUCUAGCUUUCUAUCUUCCAUACUAGGGGAGAUACCAAAAAUUUCUGGUGAAGUUAAGAUAAGUGGCUCUGCAGCUUAUGUGCCUCAGUCAGCUUGGAUCCAAUCUGGAAAUAUAGAGGAGAACAUUCUUUUUGGAAGCCCAAUGGAUAAGCAAAGAUACAAGAAUGUUCUCCAUGCGUGCUCACUGAAAAAGGAUUUGGAAUUGUUAUUGCAUGGGGAUCAAACCAUCAUCGGUGAUAGAGGUAUUAAUUUGAGUGGUGGUCAGAAGCAAAGGGUGCAGCUCGCUAGAGCACUCUAUCAAGAUGCUGAUAUUUAUUUACUUGAUGAUCCCUUCAGUGCAGUUGAUGCCCAUACAGGAAGUGAACUAUUUAAGGAAUACAUACUGACUGCACUAGCUAGCAAGACUGUGAUUUAUGUCACUCAUCAAGUUGAAUUUCUACCAGCUGCUGACAAAAUACUGGUCCUUAAGGAGGGUCGUAUUAUACAGGCUGGAAAAUAUGAAGAUCUUUUGCAAGCUGGGACUGACUUCAGUGCUCUGGUUUCAGCUCACCGUGAAGCAAUUGAAACAAUGGAUUUUUUGGAAGAUUCGGCUGGAACUGUUCAUUCUGGUGUUUCCUCUUUGUUGCUAAAAUCAUGUGCGAGUAAUAUUGAUAAUAUGAAAACUGAAACACCAGAAAAUGAACCUCCAUCUGAAAGAAAAGCAAUAAAAGAAAAAAAGAAAGCAAAACGAACAAGAAAAAAACAGCUUGCUCAAGAAGAGGAGCGAGAGAGGGGGAAAGUUAGCUUGAAAGUAUACUUGUCAUAUAUGGCUGCAGCAUAUAAGGGAAUACUGAUUCCAUUAAUCAUCCUGGCCCAGACAGUAUUUCAGGUUCUCCAAAUAGCAAGCAACUGGUGGAUGGCAUGGGCAAAUCCUCAAACUAGUGGAGACAAACCAAAGACAAGUAACAUGGUUCUUCUAGUUGUUUAUAUGAUCCUUGCAUUUGGCAGUUCAUGGUUUGUGUUUGUUAGAGCUGUUCUUGUAGCUACGUUUGGAUUAGCAGCUGCACAGAAGUUGUUUCUUAAAAUGCUUAGAACUGUUUUUAGAGCACCAAUGUCAUUCUUUGAUUCUACUCCAGCUGGCCGGAUCUUGAAUCGAGUGUCUGUAGAUCAAAGUGUUGUGGAUCUUGAUAUACCUUUCAGACUUGGUGGGUUUGCAGCAACAACUAUACAACUUCUGGGGAUAGUUGGUGUGAUGGCAAAGGUCACUUGGCAAGUUCUGCUUCUGUUUGUCCCCAUGGCUGUUGCUUGCUUAUGGAUGCAGAAAUACUAUAUAGCUUCAUCCAGGGAGCUUGUUCGGAUUGUCAGCAUUCAGAAAUCUCCAGUAAUCCAUCUUUUUGGGGAGACAAUUGCUGGAGCAGCUACUAUUAGAGGCUUUGGUCAAGAAAAACGAUUUAUGAAGAGGAACCUUUAUCUGCUUGAUUGCUUUGCCCGGCCAUUCUUCUGUAGUAUUGCAGCAAUUGAAUGGCUCUGCCUGCGGAUGGAAUUGCUCUCAACUUUUGUAUUUGCCUUCUGCAUGGUUCUCCUUGUGAGCUUCCCACAUGGAACUAUUGAUCCAAGUAUGGCGGGCCUUGCUGUUACAUAUGGACUUAACUUGAAUGCUCGCUUGUCACGGUGGAUAUUGAGCUUUUGUAAACUGGAAACUAAAAUUAUUUCAAUCGAGCGCAUUCAUCAGUAUUGCCAAAUCCCUAGUGAAGCACCACCUAUCAUUGAUAAUUGUCGCCCUCCAUCUUCAUGGCCAGAAACAGGGAAGAUCGAACUUAUUGAUCUUAAGAUUGGGAUUGUUGGGCGUACCGGAAGUGGUAAAUCUACACUUAUACAAGCGCUUUUCCGCCUUAUUGAACCUGCAGAUGGGAAAAUCAUUAUUGAUAACAUAGACAUUACCACUAUUGGCCUUCAUGAUCUCCGUGCUCGGCUCAGCAUCAUACCACAAGAUCCCACCUUGUUCGAAGGUACAAUCAGAGUCAAUCUUGACCCUCUUGAAGAGCACUCUGAUCACGAAGUCUGGCAGGCACUUGACAAGUGUCAACUUGGAGAGGUGAUCCAUCAGAAGAUGCAAAAGCUUGACACUCCAGUCGUGGAGAAUGGAGAUAAUUGGAGUGUUGGACAGCGCCAACUUCUUUCCUUAGGAAGGGCAUUGCUAAAGCAGGCACAAAUUUUGGUGCUUGAUGAGGCAACGGCUUCUGUUGACACAGCCACGGAUAAUCUUAUUCAGAAGAUCAUUCGCAGUGAAUUUAAAGACUGCACGGUCUGCACCAUAGCACACCGCAUUCCAACAGUAAUUGACAGUGACCUGGUUCUGGUUCUUAGUGAUGGUAGAGUUGCAGAAUUUGACAGUCCACAACGGUUGUUGGAGGAUAAGUCAUCGAUGUUUCUAAAGCUAGUAUCGGAGUACUCUACAAGGUCUAGCAGUAUGUCAGAUGCUUGAAAUGGUCACUGAAAGAAGUGAGGUACAGUCUAAGACAGAAAGUAGGCUAGGACAGGUAAUCUUCUAACAGAUGACUCUGCCUUACGGCUUAGAAGCGAAGGAGAGAGGGAAGAAAACAUGUAGGCUUCGGGUUGCUUAACCAACAAAUAGAGGAAGAGGAAAACAAUGAGAAGAUCAUCACAGAUAGCAACUCAUAUUAGGGAAAAGCUGGAGCACAGUUCGAGUAGAUCUUGUAUAAAUAUGUACGAAUUCUAUCAAGGGUUAUUGCAAAAUAAUAAAACAGCAAGAUGCAUGGGCCACAGUUUUAUUUGAGGUGCAAUAAUAAGGCAUUUUUGACAUAAAACUUGAAUUAUUUGCCUUAAUUUCUUUCUCAAAUACGAGCAGGAUGGCAUCCUAUGUCUCUAUUUGCCCGAAUCAAACUGAAAGCUCUUAUAAUGAAAAAUGGUAACAUCCAUCAGUGAUUCCUUUUGCUA